UGUUCCCGGAGCACGCAUCGACAAGAAGCUGAUGGAGAAAUUAAUCGGACGUGUUCUCCUCUGGCACCGUGCUCUUGGAGCUCAUCACCGGCCGGAAACCUGUGGACUCGUCCUGUCCCCUCGAUGAUGAGAGCCUGGUGGAGUGGGCCGCUGCUCACCCGCGCGGUUGAUGAACAUGACUUUGAGGAGGUGGUGGACCCUUUGCUCGCCGAUAACUUUGCCGAUGUGAAGAUGUUCUGGCACUCGGCUGCAAGGAGGCUCAAGAUUGGGCAGGUUGUUAGGAUUCUAGAGAGCCCAACCCUGAAAAAUGUGGACCUGACCAACGACAUGCAAACUGGGAUGAACCAGAUGUUCAACGUCACAGCGGACUCAGUCAAAUUUUGAGGAUGGCCUUCAACGGCACGACGGACUCAGUCAAAUCUAGAGGAUGGCCUUCAACGGCCGUGAUUUCAUAUGUAUUUCAUGUCGAAGCUAGAUUGGUAAUGUAUCAAAUUGGUGCAGAAGCUCGCCACGGACCAUCCAUGCCCGCCUCCUCCAGGUGACUCUCCACUGGAUAACAAGUUCUUUCUUGAUUUAUUUGGCAGCUUUGGACGGCGGACGGUGGUGAACAGGUGUGGUUCAUUUGACAUCUAAUAGAAACUCAUUUUCAGCCCAUUUGCAAUAGAAUCAGCGUGUGUGGAGGUUAUGGUAGCGAGCCCUGCUGCUCCACAUCAGCAAUUUAUUUCCAAUUUCUUUUUUUCUGUUUUCUUUUCCCUGAAAAUCCCUACUCCCGCGAUAAAAACCCAUUUACAACACAUUUGCAAUAGAAGCAGUCGUGUGUGCUAUUGUAAAUCCUUCCAGCCCAAUCAAGUUCUUACUAUUCUCUUUAAAUAAAACAUUAUAGGUAGUUAGUGUUUCUAUUCUCUAAUUUUUGGGUGUGUG